UAUUUUGACAUGUAGAACCCAAGAAAAAUUCCACAUGCCGAUUCCGAUUAUUAUUUGCAUUUAUUAAUUUAGGGUUUCUUUCUUGCCUUUAAACAAAUAAUUUCUUCCAACCAUUUAUUAAUUGAAUUUUUGCUAGGGAAAAGAACUUCUGGGCGCGACAGUUUUAGAGUUCAUUUUGGACACAAAGAAUGUUUUAUUCAAUUUAAUGAUGAGAUUGUGGGUCUUGCUCUCCAGCAAGGCAAUCUUUAUUUGCUCUCUCUUGAUAAUUCUGCAAUGAAUGCUCAUGAUGUUGUAUGUAAUGUUAAGAUUAAUGAGACCUCAUCGAAAUUAUGGCACUGUCGCUUAGGCGAUAUUUCGAAGGGGAGAAUGGAACGUCUCAUUAAGGAAGAGAUACUUCAUUCAUUAGAUUUUACUGAGGACAAUCCCUGCUUAGAUUGCAUAAAAGGCAAAUUUACUAAGACAAUGAAGAAAGGAGCCCCUAGGAGUACGGGAGUACUUCAAUUAAUCCAUACGAACAUAUGUGGCCCAUUCCCAAUAACGUCAGUGGAUGGUUAUGAUUCAUUCAUUACGUUUACUAAUGAUUACUCUCGCUAUGGUUAUAUCUUUCCCAUUAAUGACCGGUCUGAGGCACUAAAAAAAUUUAAGAUUUUUAAGGCUCAAGUGGAGAAUCAGCAAAAUGUUAAGAUUAAAGUAGUGCGCUCAGAUCGGGGAGGAGAGUACUAUGGCAAGAGUGCUCCAUAUGGGCAAAUUCCGGGGCCAUUUGCCAAAUUCCUACAAGAAAAUGGCAUUGUAGCCCAAUACUCUAUGCCCGGAGAACCACAGCAGAAUGGAGUGGCUGUGCGCCGCAACCGCACCCUAAUGGACAUGGUGUGAAGCAUGCUUACUCAUUCCAGUUUGUCUGUGAAAUUGUGGAUGGAGGCAUUAAAGUCUAUUGCCCAUAUAUUAAAUUGGGUUCCUACCAAGUCCGUACCUAAGACACCUUAUGAAUUAUGGACUGGUAAGAAACCGACUCUAAAUUAUUUAAGGAUAUGGGGCUGUCCUGCUGAAGCUAGGCCUUUUAAUCCACAUUUAAGAAAAUUAGAUUCUAAGACUGUAAGCUGUCACUUCAUCGGAUAUCCAGAAAGAUCUAAGGGGUACCGGUUUUACUGUCCAGACCAUGUCCAUAAGUUUGUUGAGAUGAGACACGCAGUCUUUUUAGAGAAUGAUCAAAUCCGUGGGAGCUUACAGAACAGGGAGAUAGACCUUGAGGAGAUUCGGUUCUCGCAAUCGGCCAUCCAACAGGAAAAUCUAACUGUACCUCAGAUUGUGCCGUAGGCGUCUUCUUCUGUGGCCCAGGCUCUAGUUGAGGAUAUUAAUGAACCUGUAGCACAAGAUAAUGUGCAAACUCCACAACCCACUGAGAUCACUAAUGAACCAUUAAGAAGAACACAGCGAGAGAGGAGGUCUGCUAUUCGCAGUGACUAUGAGGUCUAUAUUGGAGAAGACAUUGGGAAAUCAGACGAUCCUACUUCAUUUAAUGAAGCCAUUAAUAGUGAAAGUUCAUCCAAGUGGCUUGAAGCUAUGGAAGAUGAAUUAAAGUCUAUGGGCACUAAUGGUGUUUGGGAUUUAGUAGAUAUUCCUGAAAGGGUCAAGACAGUAGGCUGUAAGUGGGUCUACAAAACUAAGUAUGACUCCAAAGGGAAUGUCGAACGAUUCAAGGCAAGGCUCGUAGCUAAGGGGUUUUUACAGAGAGAAGGGGUAGAUUAUAAUGAAACAUUCUCCCCUGUCUCAAAGAAAGACUCAUUUAGAGUUGUCAUGGUGCUAGUAGCUCAUUAUGAUCUAGAGUUACAUCAAAUGGACAUUAAGAUUGCAUUCCUUAAUAGUGACUUGGAAGAGCAAGUUUUCAUGACACAACCGGAAGGUUUUGUUGUGGAAGGCAAGGAACAUAUGGGAUGCAGACUUAAGAAAUCAAUUUAUGGUCUUAAGCAAGCGUCAAGACAGUGGUACCUUAAAUUCGAUAAUAUGAUAAGAAGCUUUGGAUUUAUGGAAAAUGAAGUGGAUAAUUGCAUUUAUAUGAAGAGUAAGGGUGGAAGUUUAUAAUCUUAAUACUCUAUGUGGAUGACAUCUUAUUGGCUAGCAGCGAUAAGCACCUGCUGCAUGAGACUAAGGUGUUUUUGUCAUCUAAAUUCGACAUGAAAGAUCUUGGUGAUGCCUCUUAUGUAUUGGGCAUUGAGAUACACUGAGACAGGUCUAGGGGAGUAUUGGGGUUAUCUCAGAGAUCAUACAUUGACAAAGUGCUAAACAGAUAUAAUAUGAGUAAGUGCUCUAUCACGCCUGCUCCAAUAGUCAAGGGCGAUAAGUUUGGGUUAUUCCAAAGCCCGCGGAAUCAAUUAGAAAAGGAACAAAUGAAGGCGAUUCCGUGUGCUUUAGCUGUCGGGAGCUUAAUGUAUGCCCAAGUCUGUACGCGAGCGGACUUGGCUUUUGUUACUGGAAUGCUUGGCAGGUACCAGUCAAAUCUAGGACUAGACCACUGGAAGGCUGUUAAGAAAGUCCUUCGCUAUUUGCAAGGCACUAAGCACUACAUGCUAACUUAUAGAAAGUUAGAUAACCUUGAAGUUACUAGUUACUCAGACUCUGAUUUUGGAGGGUGCAUAGACAUUAAGAAAUCCACAUCAGGUUAUGUCUUCACUCUCGCAGGAGGGGCUAUUUCAUUGAAAAGCUCCAAACAAACUAUUACUGCAUCGUCGGCAAUGCAGGCUGAGUUUAUUGCAUGUUUUGAGGCAACCGGACAGGCGGUAUGGCUAAAGAAUUUCAUUCCAAGGUUAAGAGUGGUCGACAGCGCUAAUGGACCACUCACCAUAUACUGAGACAAUAAAGCCGCAGUUUUCUAUUCAAGUAACAACAAGUCAAGUGCAGCUGCCAAGCACAUUGACAUUAAGUAUCAUGUUGUGAAAGAUAGAAUCCAAGAUCAAACAAUUAAGGUUGAGCAUAUAAGCACUAAGUUAAUGCUUGCGGAUCCGCUCACUAAAGGUCUACCACCCAACUUAUUUAACGAGCAUAUUGCCGGCAUGGGAUUAGUAGGUGACCUAUAAGCAAGAUUCUAGAAUAGAGGCAUAAGAAUCAAUCAACACCCAAUAAGAUUAAGUUGAUUCCUAUCAAGGUAUUAUAGUGGCUAUAGGUACUGUUGUCAUAGUGACAUUUUAUUGAUUACUAUGACACAUUGCUUUGGUUCGCUAUUCUACUUAGACUGGACUCGUUAGCAUUAAGAUCAAGUGGGAGAAGAUCAAGUGGGAGAAUGUUGGUUGAUCUCCUGGUAACGAGACCAGAGAGACACGUCGUGGUCUAGGCCCACCCACACCCACGCCCACACGCGGCUAACGGCGAGGAGCGAGCGAUACGCUCGCAUCUCAUCCACUACGUGCGCCGAUCGGAUGCGCAUCGUUCUCCAUAACGGAUUCUCCCCCGAUCUCCUCUAGCGCUAUAUUAAAAGGGAGAGGCCGUCUGUGCUUAGGUGACGAUCUAAGUACACUAAACCCUCCCGAUAAACCCUAACGCCGAUCCUAAGAAGUGCUGGAAGGAGACCGAAAGGCGUUCUCCAACGCCGUUCCCGGCCAGUGCAGGUGGCGGCCUGAAGGGCGACGCCAUCUGCUUCACCUCCGGCAACUUGCUACCACGACCUCGACAUCACCGACGACUCCUACCGCGACUAAGAUGGCUUCAAGCUCAACCGAUGGGGGAAGCCGGAAGCCCAAAGGGCGUUUAAUUUAAUAAUUCAACUGCUGUGCUUCUCCUCCGGAAACGAAGGGUGACUUUAGUCAAAGACUGGUCACCACCCCACUUUGCUUUUGGCGACGAAACCCUCGCCGCGAUGGCUACGACCCGCCGCCGGACCGCCUCUGCGAUUCCCUCCUCAUCCGCUCCAGCCGACGAGCUCCCCGGCCGAGGAGGGGACGCGCUGGGGGCGGAGCGCCUGGAGGGUUCCGUACCGGCCGGGGAGUUGGUAAAGGCGAAGGCGACGAAGAAGCCGGUCGCGUUCGCGCGCGUCUGGUCGGAGGCGGACGAGCUCCGCAUCCUGGAGUGCCUCGCCGCGCACGUCGAGAAGCACGGCGCGCCCCCGGGUCGCUCCCAGCUGCCCGAGGUCCUCGCCGGCCGCGGCCUCGACAAGGAGGAGUUCACCGUCUCGGAGAUUUACGAGAAGGUGCGCCGCCUACGGACCCAGUACGACAAAAUGCUCUCCGGUCCUCGGCCCGUACCAGGCGACAACAGGUUCGAGCUCUCUUGUGCCAUUUGGGGCAACCCCGUCGCGCCACCACCAACCUCUCCGGCUCCGGAGAAGAGCUCGAUUCCGGCGUCGGGAACCAGGGGCCGCAGGGACCUAGAGGAGCUGCGUCCUCUGUAUCCUUAUCUCGUCGAUGAGGUGGAGAGGAUCAGCACCAAUGAGUUGGGUGGACAUGUUCUCAAGAUGGGAUUGGAGUUCAUCGAUGACGGUACAGCCGUCCGUAUGAACGGCAUGGCGAAGAAGCAGAGGGUUCUGGAGCUCAAGACGAUGUUGAAGCUAGAUAGUAUGAGGAAGGAGGUGACGAGGACGUUGCUCAACAACAUGGAUUGACAAGAUCCUCCAUCGUGGUAUGACUUUGUGCAUGCUGUGCCCCUUUUGUUACAUAUAGCUGCACGCCAAUAGUUUUAGGAUGCAUUAGUACUCUAUCUAUUAUAAGAUGGUAAGGAUGAUCCAAUGAUAUGUGAUCUGGUCAUGGAUUAGUAUAUAUUAGUUUGCCUAGUAAGAUGAUGCUGAUGGUCCAACGGUAUGGAUGGCGUAUGGGUUAUUAAUAUAUGUAAGUUUAUCUAGUAAGAUGACGAUGAUCUAUAUAUGAUCUUGUUUGAUACCAUCAGCCUUAUUUAUUUUUGCGCUUGAAAUGUCAUUGGGCCUUCAUAUUUGAUUGGA